CUCUCUUGUCAGCCUAGUCACAUCCUAUGCAAGCAACUCUGUAAGACAAAAUGGCAAGGCCUGCCAGAAAAGGUGGAGAGGCAGGAAGAGACGGUCGUAUGGCUCAACAGGAUGCACCGCCGGAAAAGAUCAGUCGAUAUGCAAGAGUAACAAGACUUGCAACUGAUCAAUCGGUCGAUCAAGAAGCAACAAAUAGCAAGUUAGAACAAGUCGAUUCAGGUUUACUGGAACGUAUUCGAAAGAUGCUCAAAUUGGCUCAACAUCCAAACACGACUGAAGCAGAAGCUAAACAAGCUCUUCGUGCUAGUGCAAGGAUGUUGUCUGCUGCCAAUUUGACAGAGGCAGAAGUGAUGUCGAAAGAAACUGCAGAAGAACAAGCACAAAGGGCGGGUCAUAGCAUCGUUACAAUUCGACAUAGGGAUGGCAAACAUGUAUCAUUGGAACAAUGGUCAAUCACCCUGGGACAUACGAUUAAUAAGGCGUUCAAUGUGAAAUACUUCCAUACCACUUGGAGUUCACACGAUCGAAUCGAGUUCACCUUCUAUGGGCUGCGUCAUAAUACAGUCGCCGCUGUCAUUUCAUUCGAAGCAGUAUUCAAUCUUGCUCUUACUUGGGCUGCAGAUCGAACAGAUGUCAAAGGAAGGACAGGAAAGAAUAGCUACUUGCUCGGACUCAGCUCCUCCCUAUAUCAAAUGGCCAAAAAGGAGAAGAAAGCCGAGGAAGAACAGGCAGUAGAGGCUGAGAAGCACUCUUUGCUGAAAAGCGAGAUUGAAGCCGUCAAGCUGGAAGAAAGGCAACAGUCACGUUUAGAUGGAAAUGUCACAAAGUCGGGCACGGUCGCUGAUGAAGACGAUGAGGACGAUAUCGUCUUUGUAAGUAUCAAGCAUGGACCAAAACGAGAAUAUGAUGAAAUCAAGGUGAAGAAUGAAGGGAGCAGCUCAGAGAAUGAUCUUGGUGACAUUGCCCCUGGAGCAAUCACGGAUGGAGAUGAAUCCGAUGAUGAAUUUGUAGACGCAAGAGCGGACGACGAUGAGGAAGGCGAAGAAGAGCUUGGCGAUAUCAAGGCUGAACAAGAACGAUUUGAUGCAGCAUUUGACAGACGGGCAGAACCUUCAAACAACGGUACAGCUGUCAAGCAAGAAGAUAUUGUGAAGUCCGAGCCCCAUGAUGGAGUUCCGCCUGCAGUAAAAGAGGAAACAGAAGGUGUCAAAGUCAAAUUCGAAGACGAAGCCGCAGUUCCCGCUUGGCAAAGUCAUGCUCAAUUGACCAUCUUCAAAGAAACGGCUGCACGAAUUGCGGAUGAUUAUCUCAAAGAGAUGAAUACCAAAAUUCGAAAUCGAAAAGCGAAAAGAAACACAGCAAUGCACGAUUCUUCAGCAUACAAGAAAGGACAGGAGGAUGCUCGUAAAGUGGACCUCAAACGUCGCAGACUGGAAGCUGAUUGAUGGGAUGCCGAUGCGCAUACAUUCACGCGCGAAUCUCUCAUAGUGAACUUUCCUUGUACAAUUAUACCCCCCCAUAAUCAAGAAUGAUAAACGCAUCCUGUACAUUAAUAGGCACCAACUCAUGGCCACCAACUUACAGAACGUCGGCGAUAAUGUAUGCCUAAGAAUUUCUUCCAUACUUUGCGUUUGUCUGAAC